AUGCCUUGUCUUGCGGCAAUCCGUGCUGUCUACCCAAACCUCAACUGCCUCUCCUUCUUUGGCCAAAUGCACGAUGCCCCUAAAUUUACUUGGUUGCUUGAUCAACGACAUGAGCGCCAGGAAAAACCAGCUCCUACCAAGGAGAAGAAUCCUACUACAUCCCUGUACCGAAUGUAUGAGUACCUUGUCGUUGGAUAUACCGCCGGUCUUCACUCUGAGAUGGAGUACUUCUUCGACCGACUCAUCGAAAGAGGCUUACCAAGGCGGUGUUGUCCUGCAAUCAUCGUCGGCGAAGAAGCCGAGGCGGAACUACAUGCCCGUGAAGUAGUUCGUGAACUUCAACCAUCCUGGGCCAAGGCUGUACAUCGUCUGACUGAGCAAAUCACCUAUCUCAAUCUCUUCUGGUGA